AUGGAUCCCAAGUUCAAGGGAGAGUGGAGUGCCUCUGAGACCAAGAUGAUGAAAUCUCUCAUUGCAAGGGACAACGCCAACAACAAUGGUGCUAGUGAUAUGAACAAGAAGCACAAUCAAAUUGUGGAUGAGCUCCAGGCAAUGUUCCCUAGCAAGGAGAAGCAUCAGGCAACCAACUUGUACGUUGAUGUCUUUUUUUUGCGAAUCAACUUGUACGUUGAUGUCAUGGUAGAGAUGAUGCAAACAUUACAGAGUGGCAACCAACAUGUGGAAGCAAGUAGCAACCUCAUUAAUCAACCCUUUGGGGUGUUUGUGGGGGAUCCAUCCAUGGGCAACAAGGAAGCAUUUAAUUGUUAUCAACAAGUGGAGAUGUUCGGCGUGAAGAAUGUGAAGGAUACUCCACGGAGGAAGCCCACUCCUCGGAAGGAGAGCCAACACACUGGGAGGUUUUGGACCACAGACGAGCAUAGGCAAUUCCUCCGUGGUCUACAUGUGUACGGUCGUGGAAAUUGGAAGAACAUCUCCAUGCACUUUGUUACCACCAAGACCCCGGUGCAAGUUUCUAGCCAUGCUCAAAAAUACUUCCUCAGGAAAGAAAAUGGCACCAAGAAGCAACGUCAUAGCAUCAAUGACGUUGGACUUUAUGAUUUUGAGCCCUUGUCGCAGACAAAUGCUUCUACCUGGGAGGGGCCCACCUUUGGUGGAGGUGUCUACAAAACAAAUCACUAUAGCUUUGGUGGACAUACUACUUCCAUGAACAAUGCCCAGGCUUGGUCACCAUUCCUAUACCACACUGACCAUGGAAGUAGCAGCAAUAGCCAGAUGGUCACCUUGGUUAUUGGCCAGCAACAAGAGCAGAUGGGAGCUAGUAAUUCUUUAGUGGCUCCGACAAUGGAGGCGGAUGAGGGCCACUUGGACUGGACUAGUGAUAAGAUGGGAGAUCUUGAUACUCGUGGAUGA